CUUAUUUCAAUUCGAGCGGUCCGUGCCAGAGGUAGCACCACCCCACCAGACAGACCCAACCACACACAGAGAGAUGAUCCAAUCUAGAGGCCUUGUUGUUGCACUGCUCUGCCUGGCUGUGCUGCUGGGCGGCUGCCAGGCGGCUGGCCUCAUGGACCGCAUCCUGGGCGGCGACGAGGCCAGUCCCACGGCCACGCCCUAUGCCGCCUCGCUGCGUGUGGACAAUGCGCAUGUGUGCAGCGCCAUCAUUGUGUCCGGCACCAAACUGGUGACCACAGCCCACUGCACGCAGCGCGAGCUCAAGCAGAUCGUCCCCAGCCGCAUUUCGUGCCGCGUGGGCAGCACCAACCAGUAUGCCGGCGGACGCAUUGUCUAUGUGGAAUCGGUCACCGUGCACCCGGACUACUAUGAGCUGCAGAACAAUGUGGCGGUGAUCACGCUCACCUCCGCUCUGGCCUUCACCGAUCGCAUCCAGGCCGUGGCACUGGCCAGCGGCGAUGACGAGCUGCCCGCCGUGGGCAGCGCCGUCAGUGUGGCCGGCUGGGGACGCACCGUCGAGGGCAGCAACUCCUACAAGAUACGCGAACUGGCGCUGACAGUGGCCGCGGAGGCGGACUGCCUGGACGCGUACAGUGGCCACGACAGCAGCAGCUUCUGCCUGGCGCACGCCCUCAGGCAGGGCACCUGCCACGGCGACGGUGGCAGCGGCGCCGUCUACAAUGACAAGCUCAUUGGCCUGAGCCACUUUGUGGUGGGCGCCUGCGGCUCCCGCUAUCCGGAUGUGUUCGUGCGGGUGUCCAGCUUCCACGACUGGCUCCAGCAGCAGAUCGCCUAACAGCCAACUAACACGGGAGGGGGGUAUGCCACAAUGUCUAGUGAUGACUCGUGAUGCAGUUCGAGGCCCCCAUGGACAUCGUUUGGGGCAGCGGCUGACUCACUCUCCCGAUGCUGAUAAGGAUAAGGUGGCACUGGCGAUUGCCCCCAGACUGGCCCCACCACCCCCAAUUCCGCAUUAAAUUUUUAUGGGGCUCCAUUUAUGGCACACUCAUUAGAAGCUUGCUCAAUGCAAAUAAAAAUACAAAUAAAAAUAAAAA